AUGUCUGAUAAUAACCAUAUCGUCUUUCCCAAGCAAUUAUAUUCUGAAAGGUCUCAGAAUGACAUUAAUCUCUACACUCCUGGGCCAACAAUUGAUGCCGAUCAUGUACAAUCAUUAUACUCAACUUUGAAUAAACUUAAAAGACAGCUUGAUAAAGAAGAUGAAUUUGAUCUUAGGCAAUAUAAUAAUAGAAGACACAAUGGAGUGUGCAAUGAAAGGAACGGUUGGAUGUUUGUUAUGUUAGCUGCUGUGGUAGAAAUGUUCUUUUUCAUAGUGUUUUUAUUAAACUUAAUAGCACAAGGUAUUAUGAGGAAGUAUACAUCUACGAACUUCAAUUAA